ACAAUGGACGUAAAUGUGGAAAAUAACUUGAAAGCUUUCCGAAGGAGUAAAGUUGACAAGAAACUCCUCCGUAAACAAAUGAAAUCCAGUCACACUUUGCUGAAACACGAAGGAAUCAGUACUGCGUUGGAACCCACUAAGAGUUUGGUUGUGGCUAAUGGCGGCCUGGGGAAUGGUGUCAGUAGGGAGGAGCUGUCUGCUGUGCUGAAAGAGAUGGGAGAGGUGGAGACCAUCCUGAUGCCCCCUCACAAGCCCUAUGCUUUUGUCACAUAUUGCUCUGAGGAGAAUGCCCGGAAAGCUCACAUCCACCUGAAUGGUCAAAAACUUCAGUGUGGAGAGGAGAAUGGUGUCACACUUUAUCUUAGCUUUGUUGACUCAGUACCGUGUGAGCAGCAGGCAUAUGUGACUUGGCCAGCUGGACUGGUGUUAGUGGAGGACUUUGUUUCUCCAGAGGAAGAAGCUCUGCUGCUUGCUGCAAUUGACUGGUCGUCUACUAAUGAUGAUGUCACCGCUCAAAAAGCUCUGAAGCAUAGACGAGUCAAACAUUUUGGCUUUGAAUUUUGCUAUGACAGCAACAAUGUGGACAAGGACAAGCCAUUAACUGUAGGUCUUCCAGAGGAGUGUCAGCCUGUACUGGAGAGGUGUAUGGAGAAUCGACAUACAAAGUAUAUGCCCGACCAACUGACUGUGAACCAGUAUGAGUCUGGACAGGGUAUACCUCCUCACGUGGACACUCACUCUGCCUUUGAGGACACCAUCCUUUCACUAAGCCUGGGGGCAAAGACCGUGAUGGAGUUUCGUCAUCCGGACGGUCGUGUUGUAAAUGUGUUUUUGCCAGGACGGAGCCUCUUGGUGAUGCAAGGAGAGAGCCGUUACCUCUGGACACAUGGUAUCACUCCUCGUAAAUUUGACAUGGUGCCAGCCUGCGACUCACAACGCCAGAAUCCUACAUGUGACUUAGGGGACCUCAACCACCUCACCUUGAAUAAAAGGGGCACCCGCACAUCUUUCACUUUCCGCAAGAUUCGACGUGAACCCUGCUGCUGUGCUUUUCCCUCUGCCUGCGAUAGUCAAGGAUCGCCUUCUCCACCAUCUCCCCCCUCGCUUCCUCAAGGCCACUGUGAUGCAGCCCGUUUGGAGGAGGAGUACGUUCACCAGGUGUACGAUGCAAUCGCCCCCCACUUCAGCAGCACGCGCCACUCCCCCUGGCCACGUGUGUGCCACUUCUUGUCCUCGCUCUCGCCUGGAAAUGUGCUGGCUGAUGUUGGCUGUGGAAAUGGGAAGUAUCUGGGUGUCAACCCGGAGGUAAUUAGUGUGGGCUGUGACCGGAGCAGUGCCCUCGUCCAAAUCUGUGCUGACCGAGGUUUCCAGGCAUUUGUGUCCGAUGCCCUCUGUGUCCCGCUUCGAACAGCGACUUGUGAUGCCUGCAUCUCUAUAGCUGUCAUACACCACUUUUCCACACCAGUGCGUCGCUUGGCAGCUGUGAAGGAGUUGGUGAGAAUUUUGAAGCCUGGCGGUCAUGCUCUCAUCUAUGUCUGGGCUUUUGAGCAAGAGUACAAGCAGCAGAAAUCCAAGUACCUCAAAGACCACAACACUAGAAACGACACAUCCAAAGACACCCCUGACCCUGAUGGAAAAUCUGGUGCCCGUGCCAGUAGCAACCCUGAAGAUGACAAGAAUAGUCUUGAAGAUCAUUACAAAGUGGCUGAUGACAAACUUAGUGUUCAUGUUAAUCGCACAGCUUUCCACUCCCAGGACCUUCUGGUUCCGUGGCAUCUGAAAGAGGGGAAAGGAGGAAAAAGAAGGGAAGGUGACUUAGGAGUGGCGAGGACGGAUAUAGCCAAAACAAAAUGUAAAAAGAUUUCAACAGACUCUUGUCUAGACAGCCCUGUCUCCAGCGUUAGAUCCCACAGUAAUGCUGACAGUCAUCAUGAGUCAGAGAAGCAGAGCGGCCCAGCGCCCGUCUUCCACCGUUAUUACCACGUGUUCCAGCAGGGAGAGCUAGAGCAGCUGUGUGUGCAGGUGGAGGGAGUCAAUGUGCAGAGUAGCUACCAUGAUCAGGGCAACUGGUGUGUCAUUUUAAAGAAGAACUCUCAGAGUUGAAGUCAAUCAGAAGAUCUAAAUUUCUGCAAGCGAAUGCAGUGUAAUCAAAGGUAAAAUCAAAGAUUAUUUUAACAGCCAAAGAGAAUACAUGAUGGAACCUACAAUAUCAAUGUAUUCAGUAGAGUGCAGACCUCUGCCAUGGUCGAACUGUUAACAAAAGUGGAAAUAAAACGUGCAAAUGUUUGUAUUUUUUAGUGUUUGAUUAUGAGACAAAAGGUGAAUAGAAAGUAAAUUA